CCAUUCAGUACGUCAUUGCCGGUUCGGUUCGCUUCCCUCUUCUUCUACUUCACUCCCUUCUGAGCCCAAAUUGUGAACCCUAACCCUAACAAUUUCGGGCCUCACCGGCUUCAAAACCCGACGCCAGUAGCCGCUGUAUGGGUACAACCCCAGCCUUUGGACUCUUCUAAGCCAACACCAGUCACUACAACUACAACUACAACUAUUUCCUUCUCAUAAACCCUUGGCUCAUAUUUCUGCUUCAAUAUUGAUCAUGGCCGGCGAAAAGAAGAUUGAGAAAGCUGAGCCUGUAGCCACUGUGUUGGCCUCAGAUUCUGUUUCCGGAUUAGGAGAGCAACAACUGGUUUCUGGGAAAGAUGGAAUACCAUAUGAUGCGAUCUCCUCCAUGUCUUCUUCGAGGGAUGCCACCGACAGCAUGAAAGGUGAGACUGAUCAAGAGUCGGUUGGAGAGCAUGGUGUUUACUAUCCACCCACUAGCUGUUACAAUUAUUAUUAUCCAGGAUAUAAUGGAUCCUAUACACAGUUGGACGAACAUCGCUAUGCAAAUGCUAAUAAUUCACAGGCGGGUGUGCAGUCAGACAAUGGUUCAAUGGUCUAUUAUCUCCCCGGCUAUAAUCCAUAUGCCCCUGGAACUCUUAUGGGUGUUGAUGGCCAAGGUGUUGGUCAACAGCAGUAUUUUUCUUCCUCAGGUUAUAUGCAGCCACCUGUUUCGUAUGGUUCAGAAGCUAUGCCUUGUUAUUCAUGGGACACAACAUUUUCUGGCGAUAUCUCUACAGCAACAAACUCUGGUUUUGGAAAUCUAAAGUCUGGACCAGGUGGUACUGCUUUAUCUAGGUCAAGUGGCUUUAUGUCGGGCAAAACGAAUGGAAAUCUUGCUAGCAAAUUUUCCAAGUCUUUCCCUUCUACACAACCCAUCAAAUCAUUAAACAAGGUGCCUCAUUUAGGUUCUGAUUUCUCAGCCAGUCUUUUGAAGGGAUACCCCUCAACUGGAAGGUUCUCAUCAUUCACUAACCAGAAGGGUCUGUUUCCUAAUGGUCAAACAAACUACAAAUCUAAUGGGAGGAUAUUAAAUGGAAACGACAGAUUCAAGUCAAGGGAAAAAUAUAACAGAAAUGAGGAUUUUGAAUCUUCAACUGAGUUGACACGUGGUCCAAGAUCUCGCAACAAGAUUACUCCUUCAGACUCAUCAGUUGAGAAGGAAGUAUUGGGAUUUACAGUCAGUAGAGAUAAAUACAACCUACCAGAUUUUCAGACUGAUUAUGAAAGUGCGAAGUUCUAUGUCAUUAAGUCUUACAGUGAAGAUGAUGUCCAUAAGAGCAUUAAAUAUGAUGUUUGGGCCAGCACUCCGAAUGGCAAUAAGAAACUGGAUGUAGCAUUUCGUGAUGCUGAAGCAAAAUCGAGUGAGACAGGCACACGGUGUCCUAUCUUCCUAUUUUUCUCGGUGAAUGGAAGUGGGCAGUUUGUAGGCCUGGCCGAGAUGAUUGGGGAGGUAGAUUUCAACAAAGAUAUGGACUUCUGGCAAGUUGACAAGUGGAGUGGGUUCUUCCCAGUUAAAUGGCAUAUAAUAAAGGACAUACCUAACACUCAGUUGCGGCAUAUUAUCCUUGAAAACAAUGAUAACAGACCUGUAACUUUUACCCGGGACACUCAAGAGAUUGGACUGAAGCAAGGUUUGGAAAUGCUGAACAUAUUCAAAACUUAUGCACCCAGAUCAUCUUUGUUAGAUGAUUUCAAUUUCUAUGAAAAUCGAGAAAAGUCUCUACAAGCCAAAAGGAGCAGUAAACCUGCGACUUUAAAGAUUGAAACUUACGAUGAUGGUGAUAUCCCUGAGCAUAUGAGUGCCGUAGGGGAAGACCUUGAAUCUGAAUCAGGUGGGAUUGGGAUGACUUCUGACCGAACAUCUCUCAUUUCACUUGCUAAAAAUCUCUCUCUCAAUGCUUGACCAUGAACAGCAAUGCUUUCAGAACUAGAGCCACUUUAUGAGAUAGGUCUGGCUUUUAGGUUGCCUGGUUUUAUUAUUGUUUUCUCCUUUCUUUUGUUUUUCCCCCUAUCUUUUCAUUCUCUAGCUCUUCUUCAAUUUGUCAUUUUAAAUUCUUUGUGUUUUUGGGUCAUUAGUUGGUGAGCAGUGAGUUGUGGUUGAAUCUCUUGUGAACAUUUGGUGUUUGGUAGUAAUAAAUUCUCUUUUUUCUUCCCCCCA